CUCCCCGGGCCGGCCCCACUUCCAGGGUGGCAGCGCCGUGGCGCCGCCUGCGAUGACUGCUGCCCGCCCUCGCCCGGGGAGCUGACAUGGCCCGGACGAGCGGCGCGCAGCAGCUGUCGGCGGAGGUAGCCACGGAGCCGCCGGAGAGCUACCAGCUGCGGCAGGAGAACGAGCUCCAGGUGCUGGAAUCCAUUUACGGACAGGACUUCCAGGAUCUGCGGCAGAGCCAGGCCUGGAAGGUACGACAGCCUCCUGAAAUUAAUUUAGUUCUGCGUCCUCAGGGGUUGACUGGAGACAAUGAAGUAUAUGCCAAAGUUGAUCUGUGGGUCAAGUGUCCACAUACUUACCCCGACACUGUCCCUGAAAUACAACUAAAAAAUUCAAAAGGCUUGUCAAAUGAGAAAAUAAAUGAAUUAAAAUCCAGACUAGCUGAACUGGCAAAGCAGCGCUGCGGAGAGGUGAUGAUAUUUGAACUUGCUGACCAUGUACAGUCAUUUCUCAGUGAGUAUAAUAAACCACCUUCCAAGUCUUUUCAUGAAGAAAUGCUAAAAAAUCAUCAAAAAGAACAAGAAAGACUGGCUCAGGAGGAAUUGCGUAGGGCACAAGAAGUUAAGAGAAGAGAGGAGCAGGAGCAACGUGAAAUCCUUAAUGAGAUUCAGAGAAGGGAGGAAGAGAAAAGAGAGGAAAGAAAAAAGAAGGAGAUUGCCAAACAGGAACGUUUGGAAAUAGCUGCUCUGACAAGGCAAGAAAAUUCUCACAGGAGAGAUGCUGCAGUAUAUAGAGCUGCUUCCAGUGUAAAUGGGAGUUGUUUGGAACAUGGAGUGAAUAAUAAACACCGACCAAAUUCAGCUGGACGUUCAAAACGAGAACGCCAGCUUUCUGUUAGUAAUAGUGAAGAGUCCCAUGGAAAUCACGAAGUUUUGAACUUCAGCACAAGUGGUGCUGGACAACUUACUGUCCACAAAGGAAAAUGUCUAGGCAAGGAUGAACAGCUUGGUAAAUCAGUCUACAACGCCUUGGAAAUUCGCAGUGGAGACUUUGUUUUGGUAUAUGAGUGGGUUCUGCACUGGCAAAAAAAGAUGGGAAAGUUUCUUACAUCGCACGAAAUAGAAAAGAUAGAGAAGUGUAAGAAACAGCUUCAGGGUGCAGAAACAGAGUUCAGCUCACUGACAAAGCUAAGUCACCCAAACAUAGUACAUUAUAAAUGUAUGAACCUUAAAGAACGGGAAGAUUCAAUUGUGGUGGACAUUUUAGUGGAGCAUAUAAGUGGUUGCAGCCUUUCUACAUACUUACACAAAGAGACUCCAGUUCCAAUUGAGCAGUUACGCCAUUAUGUGACCCAGAUCUUGUCAGCUCUCGACUACUUGCACAGUAAUUCAGUAGUUCACAAAGUUCUUUGUGCGUCCAGUAUCCUGGUAGAUGCUGAAGGAAACGUCAAGGUGACGGACUACAGCAUUUCCAAGCGCUUAGCUGAUAUCUGCAAAGCAGAUGUUUUUGAACAAACCAAAGUUCAUUUUAGUGAGGAUGGUCUUCCCAGCAAAUCUGGAAAAAAAGGAGAUGUGUGGAGUCUGGGCUUGCUUCUGCUUUCACUCAGCCAGGGCCAAGUAACCAAGGAAUAUCCAGUUGCUGUUCCCACCAAUUUACCUGCUGACUUCCAAGACUUUCUGGAAAAAUGCGUUUGCUUGGAAGAUAAGGGAAGAUGGACUCCUCAGCAGUUAUUACAACACAGUUUUAUAAACAUUCCACGAAUGAAAAUACCUGUAGCUGAAGAAAAUCUAGAUGAUUCGGGAGGUAUAGAUUGCAUCGAGACAGUUGUACCUAGCAGUCAGAUAUCCAGCACUCCGUUCUUCACAGAAACACAGAGACAAUUUUCACGCUACUACAAUGAGUUUGAAGAGCUAAAAUUACUUGGCAAAGGGGCUUUUGGAGCAGUCAUCAAGGUGAGAAAUAAGCUUGAUGGUUGCUAUUAUGCUGUGAAACGUAUCUGUAUAAACCCUGCCAGCAAGCAGUUUCGGAGGAUUAAGGGGGAAGUAACAUUACUUUCCCGCUUGAACCAUGAGAAUAUUGUGAGGUAUUACAAUGCUUGGAUAGAAAAACAUGAAAGUCCUGUUUCCACUGUGUCAUCAUCUGAAACAACUGAAGACAAAAGAAUGCCCACCAAAGCUGGUCUCUUCAUCCUUACCACUGAGGAAGCAGAUGAUGUGGAAGCUAAUGCUCCUCCUCCGGUUUUGACAAGUUCUGUUGAGUGGAGUACUUCAUGUGAAAAGUCCUCCAGCAACAAAUUCAGUGGAGCUGAUCAGGAGUCCAGUGAUGACGAUGAUGAUGGUGAUGGGGUGUUCUCACAACCAUUUUUGCCAACCACAGAUUCUGAAAGCGAAAUAAUUUUUGAUAAUGAGGAUGAAAACAGUAAAGGUCAUUCUCCAGAAGAAGGUAAUGAAAAGAAUAGCUGUGGUGAAGACAGGACACCAGUCAUUCAGACAGUGCAUUACCUGUACAUUCAGAUGGAGUAUUGUGAAAAGAGCACGUUAAGGGAUACUAUUGACCAAGGAUUAUAUGAAGACACCAGUCGGCUUUGGAGGCUUUUCCGAGAAAUUUUAGAUGGGUUAGCUUACAUCCAUGAAAAGGGAAUGAUCCACAGAGACUUGAAACCUGUGAACAUUUUUUUAGAUUCAGAUGAUCAUGUCAAAAUUGGUGACUUUGGUUUAGCUACAGAUCAUCCAGCAAAUGCAAUGGUCUCUAAACAAGAAGAAAAUCACUCAGAUAGUUCUGCUAUGUCUGACCCAUCAGGUAAUUUGACAGGGAUGGUUGGCACCGCGCUGUAUGUCAGCCCAGAGGUCCAAGGAAGCACUAAGUCUACGUACAAUCAGAAAGUGGACCUGUUCAGUCUGGGUAUAAUAUUCUUUGAAAUGUCUUACCCUCCCAUGAGUACUGCAUCAGAAAGGAUCUUUGUUCUUGGUCAGCUAAGAUUGCCCACUAUUGUAUUUCCUAAAGACUUUGAUGAAGUGAAGCAUGCAAAGCAGAGAUCAGUUAUUACCUGGCUCCUGAACCAUGAUCCUGCAGCACGACCAACAGCUGUGGAGCUGUUAAAAAGUGAACAUCUUCCACCACCACAAAUGGAAGAGUCUGAACUCCAUGAAGUACUCCACCAUACCUUAGCGAACGUGGAUGGAAAGGCCUACCGAACUAUGAUGAGUCAGAUAUUUUCACAGCGUAUAUCUCCAGCUAUAGACUAUACCUAUGACAGUGAUAUGCUGAAGGGUAGUUUUUCUAUUUGGGCAGCCAAGAUACAGCAGCAUGUAUGUGAGAGUGUCAGCCGGAUAUUUAAAAGACACGGAGCCAUCAAGCUGCAUACUCCACUGCUAAUGCCCAGAAAUAAAAAAAUAUAUGAGCAUAAUGAAGCUUCAUAUCUCAUGGAUCACAGUGGGAUGCUGGUAAUGCUUCCUUAUGACCUCAGAAUUCCUUUUGCAAGAUUUGUAGCUAGAAAUAACAUAUCAAACCUGAAAAGGUACUGUAUAGAGCGAGUUUUCAGACCUCGGAAGUUAGACCGCUGUCAUCCCAAAGAACUUCUAGAAUGUGCAUUUGACAUUAUUACAUCUACUGGAAAUAGCUUUUUGCCUAUAGCAGAAACAAUUUAUGCCAUUUCAGAAAUCAUUCAAGAGUUUUCAGUGCUACAGGAAAGAAAUUACAGUAUUUACUUGAACCACACUGCCUUACUGAAAGCUAUACUUUUGCACUGUGGGAUACCAGAGGAUAAACUCAAUCAAGUUUACAUCAUUCUCUAUGAUGCUGUGACUGAAAAGCUAACUAAAAGAGAAGUAGAAGCCAAAUUCUGUAAUCUUUCUCUCACAUCAAAUAGUCUUUCUCGACUCUACAGAUUCAUUGAGCAGAAGGGAGAAGCAAGUAAUGUAUUUCCAUUUUUAAACACAAUGAUAAAACAAAAGCCAGGUGUCACUCAGCUGUUGAAGCAUGGCAUGAAGGAUUUAGAGGAAAUCAUUGGUCUCUUAAAGCAACUUGGAAUAAAACUUCAGGUUUCUAUAAAUCUGGGACUAGUUUACAAAAUACAGCAGCACAAUGGUAUUAUCUUCCAGUUCAUAGCAUACAUCAAAAGAAGACAAAGAACUGUGCCUGAAAUUCUUGCUGCGGGGGGCAGAUAUGAUCAUCUGAUUCCACAAUUCAGAGGACCGCAGAUGGCAGGACCAGUUCCUUCAGCUGUUGGAGUCAGCAUAGCUAUAGAUAAAAUAACUGCUGCUGUUUCCAGUGCAGAGGAUUCUGUUUCUGUCAGCUUGUGUGACCUGCUGGUUGUAAGUGUUGGUCAGAUGUCAACGGGUAGAGCGAUCAAUAUUGUUCAGAAACUCUGGACUGCAGGAAUUCCAGCUGAAAUAAUGUAUGACUGGUCCCAGUCCCAGGAAGAACUGCAGGAAUAUUGCAGAUGCUCUGGGAUUACAUAUGUGGCGCUUGUGUCAGAUAAAGAAGGAAGUCAUGUGAAGGUGAAAUCCUUUGAGAAAGACAGACAGACGGAGAAAAGGAUUUUAGAAUCUGACUUAGUAGAUCACCUGAUCCAGAAACUGAAAACUAAAAUCUGUGACGAAAGAUUUAGUAGAGAAACCUCAGAUAAUCUUUCAGUACCAAAUCAAAAGGGAUCAUUUACUAAUAUUUCAGGUGCAUUUGAAUCACAUGGAACUCUUGUAGUGCCUAACGUUAGUGUUAUAGCUCCUGAAAAAUUAUCUGCCAGCGCCAGGCGUCGUCAAGAAAUCCAGGUGCAAACAAGACUUCAGACAUUCAUUUCUAGCCUGCAACAGAAAACAAGUGAGAUUGAGAUUUUAGCUGUAGAUCUGCCAAAAGCAACUGUGAUACACUUCUUAUCAUUAGAGUUUGAUAGAGAUAGACACGCCUUUGAUGCUACUGUGAGACAACUGAUGUCACGAUGGCCAAAACAGAGGUGUUCAUACUUACAAGCAAUUUGUGAUGAAAUUUACAGUAUCAAAAUGGAAAAGAGGGUUCCUGCGCUUAUCCUGUACAGUUACCGAGAUGAAUACAAGGUUUUGUUUUAGUGCUUAAAGCAUCUUUUAUGGGAUGCUUUUACUGAGACAACAGUGUUUUGUCAAAAGGAAUUUCAAAAAGCUGUAAUAAUGCAACAGGCAACUACUGCCUUUUUAUGUGUCCAGAUUGAAUUUCAUGUGUAAUAUAAAAUUGUAAAUUUACAUCAAAAAGUGGAAAUAAAUGUUUUAUACACAAUUAAGGAGCAAGUCUGACUACAGCCACAGAUACAAGUUAUCAUGUAAUUCUUGCCCCUUAUGCCACAAAAGAUAUUAUCAGUUGUCUGAGUGUAAAACUAAUUUUUUUUAAAAAAAAAAUACAGUUUCAGAAUGCCUUUUAUGUCAACGUGCAACAGUAGUACUGAAAUGAGAAACUCCGUUCAAGGAUUAGAGAGAAUGAGUUAUCUUCAACUCUAACAACUGGUUUUAAACUUUUUUGAAGAAGGGUUUUUGUGUAAUAAAAGGUUUGGCUACUGAGCCUUCUGGAAAUAUGUAUUACAAGCUUUUUGUGGUUUGUUUGGGUUUUUUGAGGGUUUUUUUAAGCCUACUGUUUUAAUUUCUGUAUAAAAGACAGAUUUUAAGCUGAGGGAGUUGCAAGCUUGGCUGCCUAUGCUUGCCCUGCCUGUACUGUUGCAUUCAAAUCAAGCAGCAGCUUCCUGGGAGGUAAAGUAAGACCCGAUACAGGAAAAACUUGUUUCAGACCUGAAGGACCUAAGACAGAUUAAGCCUGAAGUUAAAGUCACAGUAAUGAUGGAAAUCUUGUAAUUAUCUUCUUGAAGCUAAACUGCUAACACAACCCCAUCAGGAAAAGUAAAGUUGAGCAAAUCUGAAGAUGAGUGUGGUUGGUUGACCCUGGCUGGAGGCCAGGUGCCCACCAAAGCUGCUCUAGCACUCCCCCCCUCAGCUGGACAGGGAGAGAAAAUACAAUGAAAGGCUCCUGAGAGAGGAUCAUUCACCAUCAUGGGCAAAACAGGCUCAACUUAGAAAAAAAGAAUUAAUCUAAUUUAUUACCGAGAAAACAGAGUAGAGCAAUGAGAAGUAGAACCAAAACUUAAAAACACCUCCCUUACUUCCUGGGCUCAACAAUCCUCCCAAAUUCUCUCCCUCCUCUCCCCGCCAGCAGCGUAGGGGGAUGGGAAAUGGGGGUUGGGGUCAGUUCAUCACUUCUUGUCUCUGCUGCUCCUUCCCCCUCAGGGGGAGGACUCCUCACACUCU